UCUCACGCAAGCGUAACAAACAUGGACGCAUUCGGCGAAGGCACAAAGAAGGAAAGGGCGAUUCUGAAGAGAAGCCUCGACGAGGAGGAUGACUCCCACUUGACGAGGAAGCCGGAGGUCGACGUCGACCACAACACGAACGUGGCCAACCACUACAACCGGCUCCAAGAGGUCGGACUGGCCGCGCGUAGCCAAAGCCGCAUCUUCUUCAUGCGGAACUUCAACAACUGGAUGAAAAGCGUCCUCAUCGGCGAGACUGUGGAGAAGGUGCGCGACAAUGGCCAGCAGCACCUCUCUGUGCUCGACCUGGGCUGCGGCAAGGGCGGCGACCUGCUCAAGUGGCGCAAGGGCGGCAUAGGCCACCUGGUGUGCGCCGACAUCGCCAGCGUGUCGGUGGAGCAGUGCCGCAGCCGCUAUGAGGACUUGCGGAGGAAGAGCCACCGAGACGAGGGCAUUUUCAGCGCCCAGUUCAUCAUGGCCGACUGCACCACAGAGCCGCUGGCCGACAAGUUCGACCGGCCCGGCCUGACGUUCGACAUCUGCAGCUGCCAGUUUGUGUACCACUACUCGUUUGAGAGCGAGGCCAAGGCCGACAUGAUGCUGAGGAACGCCUGCGAGUGCCUCAAGCCCGGCGGAUACUUCAUUGGAACCACGCCCGAUGCCUACGAGCUGGUCAAGAGGCUGGAGGCGUCUCACUCGCUCUCCUUCGGUAACGAUUUGUUCCAGGUGUCCUUCCAGGCCCGGGGCGACUAUCCGCUCUUCGGUUGCCAGUACCACUUCAACCUGGACCAGGUGGUGGACGUCCCGGAGUUCCUGGUCUACUUCCCGCUGUUUGAGCGCAUGGCGUCACGCUACGGCAUGCGCCUGGUGACCAAGCAGCGCUUCUCAGAGUUCUUCCGCGAGAAGGUCAAGCUGAGCCAUCACCGCAGCCUCAUGAUGAAGAUGGCGUCGCUGGAGGAGUUCCCAGGCGAUCGUGGUGGGCGCCCGGUGUCCGAGGGCGAGUACCAGCACGCCCGCGAGCACUGCGACCGGGCGGGCAACGCUGGGAGUCGUUUGGGUACGCUCAGCAGGUCUGAGUGGGAAGCGGCCAGCAUCUACCUGGUGUUUGUCUUCCAGAAGAUGUCCUGAUGGGAGAUACUACACAUCCUAGAAUGCACUGAUCAUACAGAACCCCAGACAUGACAUGGAGAGGGGGAAACAAUGUAUGCACAAAAUGCUAAUUUUUGGCCCUGAAAUACAAAAUGUUGGCCAUAAUACAAGAUUUUAGUUAAGAAAUGCUCAUUUCUGGCCACAAAACACCAAUUUGUGGCUGGAAUGAAGUAUAAUGUGCAUACAAAAGACUAAUUUGUGGCGACAAAAUGUCAUGUAUAUAUAUAUUUUUUCUAACACGUCCUAAAUGAGAAAAUACAACCUCCACAAUGUAAUGUCAGGAACUGACCCACUUGGAGCCCCAGACAUGACAUGACAAAAAAAUGUGGCCACAAUAUAGACAUAACACAUGCACAAAAUACAAAAUUCUGGCCAAAAUGGUAAUUUGUGGCCUUGAGUUUGGUGUAACAUGGGUACGAAAUGCUAAUUUGUGGACACCACAUACCAAAGUUUGGUCACACAUUAGGUAUAACGGGUAUGAAAUGUUAAGUUGUAGCCACACAAAAAAAUUGUCACAAAGUGCUAAUGUGAUGGCUUGAAUUAGAUGUAAUGUGUGCAAAAUGCUAAUUUGUGGCUGCUAAAUUGUAAUGUUUGAUUUUUUUAAAUUUGGUAUAGUGUGCGCACAAAAUACUCAUUUGUGGCCAUGAAUUCGGUACAAUGUGUACAAAAUAAUGGUAAUUUUUGCUCGUAGGAAAAAAAAUGCUACGAAAUACAAGUGUUGAGAAUAAGCACUUGUGCUAAACCACUGAAAGCAAUGUUUUUGUGAUAUCCGUAUCAAAUUAAUGAAUUUUAUCUAGUACCUUUUCUAGAACCGGUACAUUGGACUGAGAUGGUGUAUUGCAGUUUCGGGCGAGGGUGUGCUUCAUUACCUUACCCAGACAUCAAAGUUGUUCUUGGGAGUGACAUUAAAAACACAAAUUAGUAUUUCGUGCACGUUAUAUCAACGUUGUGGCCACAAUUUAUUUUUUUUUUUGUCCUCUCCAUUUAAUGUCUGGGGCUCUGGGACCCAAGCACACCUUUUUCUUUUCUUCCUUUUCCUCAUCACUGCUGCUUUGAAAAACCUCCUGUAUACUUUAGUUUAAAAGAAAGGACAAUCUUCAAAGAAAAAUUAUGGAAAAGUGACUUUGUAAUUUUUUGUAUCCAAAUAGUUGGGACUGUGGAAUGCUGGCCCACCCGUCCAGUGUAAAAUGACAUAACCAAGUAAAUCUUUUGUUUCCCAAAAGAA